CAUAAAGUGCCGUUCCAAAUUAGUCUAUCCGCUAUUGGGACAACACUUUCCGCCUAAAUGGGAGUUUCUUUGAGAAGACACUUUGAUUCAACGAAAACUUCUCUUAUUCUUCGAUGACAUUUAACGCACAUACAUUAACCUUACAAUUCCUUGAAAUAGGCUCAUAUUUACUCCGAGUCUGCUUCAUCAAGAUUAAACGCAUACUUAUCUUCAAGAGCACUUAAUACUUCACUGAACGGCAAUCACUUUGGAAUGAUUCAUUCGGUCGAUGUAAACACCAGAGCGCAACUGUGUCAGUCAUUUAACCUCAAACUUUCGAACAACAUGUGGGGACAGUUGAUUAUCGCUUUAGCCUGUGCGUCGAAGGUUUUAGCGCAAGACUGUGUGAUCCCAUCCGGUUCGCAGUUCAGCAAGGCUACUUACCGUCCGUAUGACUUCGGGCGAAAGACCUUUUACAACGCCGGAGAGCGGCUUAUUGUCGGCACGAAGAUCAGGGUUGUAUGUAACAAGGACCGUCAAGGAGAUGCUGUUUUAAAGGUCAGCAAUCAUGUAUGCAGCGCCGGAAAUUGGAGUCAACCACUUCCGGUUUGCCAAGAAUAUAAACGAUGCAGAGCGCCCCCUAGGGUUGAGAAUACCACAGCGUCCGAAAGAAUCACGCCCUACAUAAUCUUUCCCCACCAGACUGUUGUCACCUACAAAUGUAACGCAUACUUCGAUAAGCGUGGAAUGACGUCAACUGUAACGUGCGUUGAUGGCGAAUGGACGUCAGCCGACGUCAUUUGCGUGAAUAGCACGACGGUGAGGUCAGAAAUAAAAGAGACUAUUGAAACAACUACUAAAAAUGGGAUACCAUCAGCGUUCUGUGAGGCCCCGGAUAUUGACUUUUCCAUCACUUGGGUGUUCAACAACAUGACAAAGAUGGAUGAUAUAUCUGGUACCCGGCAUCUAGAUGGCACUGUCCUAACUGUGGUGGACCCCCGAUGCUCCCAUCGUGGAACCGGAAACUAUACCUGCCAUGAAGGCCAAUGGGUUGCUAAUGCACACUGCAAUCCAGAUCGGUGUGUGUACGACAGGACCCGAUAUGUCUUCAAACCAAACAUUACUGCGGACGGAUUAGACCGAACCACGGAAUACGUAAACUCGGGAACAUUCGUGCACGUAGAAUGCGCUGCACCGAAUGGGAUACCAGGAUAUGACUCUACGUGCCAAGAUCUUCGUUGGGAUCCAGCCCUGCCGAAUUGCGAUGGAGGAAACCAACAAAUAUCCAAUAAACAAGAAACAAGAAUUAUCGCCUCAGUGGUACCUUCGGUAUUGUUACUCGGUGCAGUCAUUGCUCUCGCUGUUUAUUGCAGUAAACUUAGAAGAAAGCAAACACAAAAUCUAACAGACAAAAACUAUUUCACAACAACGGAGGUGUUAACGGACAAGUGCAACUACGAGAUACUUGACAAAUACACAGUGACAGAGCAGGCUAGGGGAACGAAUCGUUAACGAUGUGUCUUACAAAAACGCAAUUUCAUCAAAAUCACAGUUUGUUUGAUGCAAGUAGAACAAAAAUAAAUGUAAGCACGUAUGCUAUACAAUGGCUAAGUUUGAAAAUGAAAUGAAGUUCCAAUUAUUGAAGAUACAAACGAUAACGUUCAUUACCGUUUUGUACACGACAU